AUGGCUGAUUAUAUGGAAUGCCAGCAGAUACCCACGCCUGGAACGAGUAUACCCUCGACUCCCACAGAAAGUAAAGCAAGCUUAAGUUUAGACCAACUUGAUACCCAAAUAAUUAACGCAACAGUUAAUGAUGACUUGUCUAAUGAUGGACCAAAUAGUUUGCAAACCUUAAAGAAUGCCGUUCCAUAUAAAACAUCGAUGGCUACCAUAACUUUUAACGGAACCAUUUGGGAAAAGGUCGAUGCUGUUGCUAGUGCAGGUUUCGAUGGAAUUGAGAUCAUGGCUCCAGAUUUGGAUGAGACAACCCCCGAAGAGUUGUAUCAAUACUGUCAAUCCAAAAACCUUGAAAUCAUCGUAUUACAACCAUUUAGGGACUUGGAGGGGUAUGAUGAUGAAUCUAAAUUCCAGAGCAAGCUUGAGGAGUUAGAAAAAACCUUCAAAGUGAUGCAGGUGCUCCACACAGACCUCAUGAUGUGUUGUGCUAAUUGCUUACCUGAGUCUGAAAUUUCGCUGGAUGAAUCUACGAUCAUCAAACAAUUGAGAGUAGCAGCAGACCUAGCUGCAAAAUACAACAUACGUAUUGCUUACGAAAACUUGAGCUGGGCAACCCACAUUUAUACAUUGGAUAAAUUGUGCCAUAUCGUGAGAGAGGUUGACAGGCCAAACUUUGGGUUAUGCUUGGAUACCUUCCACAUUAACAUUCAUAACUCGUCGCUUGACGUCAUUGAUAACAUGGGCGAUAAAAUCUUCUUUGUUCAAUUCUGCGACGCUCCUAUUCUUAAGCUAAACACAAUAAUAGAAUACGCCAGAAACUACAGGGUCUUCCCUGGUCAAGGUGAGUAUUCCAACAUAGUGGAGAUGCUUUCAAGGAUUCACAAUGGCGGAUACAAAGGAUAUUUAUCGUUGGAAGUGUUUAAUGCAUCGUUCAGAGAGAGCACGAGCUACUGUAAGCCUGUCGCUGAUGAUGCCUUGAGAGGAUUACUAUACUUACAAGGACUCUUCUGCGAUCAAUAUUUGGAUAAACAUAUAUUCCCAAGCUUGAAAGUCGACUAUGCCAUCCUCAAUACCCCCGUUACAUCGGUAUCUACUGAUCGUCCAUUUUCAUGGACCGAUUUAACCUUACACAUGGAUCAAUCAUCGCAGGCCAUUUUCAAGCUCAACUGCGAAAAUCUAGGGUAUGCUAAGUACUUCAACUCCCAGACAUUAUCCUCUGACCUGGCCGCUUCAAUGUUGACCCCAACACAAUCACCAGCUAUUUCCAGAAUCAUAUUAAAGGUCAACAAUAGACUAGAGUACAAUAGACAAUACUUAUUUAUAAGGUCGGUUUUUGGCAUGUCCCAUAUACAGAAUGACCCUUACAAUACUGCUACUGACUUUGGCCUCCCCAAUCUGUCAACUUUUGGUUACUCCUCUGGCGGCUUAAUCAUUACAUUGACACUUAACCAAGAAUAA